AUGGUUUUCUCCCCUCACUCACCUCAAACUUGUCCAGAUUACGAUGUCAAACCCAGUUUUACACAGAUCACCGUAGCCAUUUCUGUGGGGUUGUUGUUUAUCGUGGUCUUUCAUUUUCGUCUGAAACAAUCUAGAGAUCGAAAGAUCAUCCCACGUAUAAGAUUAUCACGAGCAAGCCACGUCCCAAAGCUUGAAAGAUUCUCCCAUUACGUAGCUAGGCAAAUGGGGUUCAAAGACAGAAGAUUUUGUCCCCAUCUAUGUAGAUUAGCUUCUGAAUACAUAAGGAAAUACGAGGGACUUGAAGAUGAUAUAUACGCCUUUUUUGAGAAUGAACCCGAUGCCGAUUCACUUUAUGUGAAGCUGGUAGAGGAGUUUGAGAGAUGCAUUCUUAGUUACUUAGCAUUUCAUUGGAACUACGGUGACAUAAUUAUGAGUCAGGUGUUGAGCUCGGAAAAUGAGCCUAAAAAGAGGCUCAAGAACAUAGUCAUGGCAGCAACUAGGGAACAAAGGUUCGAGAGACUUGCCAAGAAUCUGAAGGUGGCUAGAGUUUUUAAUACCUUAGUGGAAGAAAUGAAAGCAAUGGGAAUUGCUACAACCGAUGAUUCUCAAUGUACCGAGGUGAUGGCUCCAGUAGCUCAUAGCGAUAGGAGUCCAGUGCUCCUUUUAAUGGGUGGAGGCAUGGGAGCUGGCAAGAGCACCGUGCUCAAGGAUAUUCUCAAAGAACCUUUUUGGGCAGGAGCAUCCGGGAAUGCCGUAGUCAUUGAGGCAGAUGCGUUCAAAGAAUCAGAUAUGAUCUACAAGGCCCUCAGCUCAAGAGGUCACCAAGACAUGAUUCAAACAGCAGAACUGGUACACCAAUCAUCCACAGAUGCAGCCUCAUCACUCUUAGUUACAGCACUGAAUGAAGGACGAGAUGUUAUCAUGGAUGGCACACUGUCCUGGGUGCCGUUUGUUGUGCAGACAAUUACAAUGGCUAGGAAUGUUCAUCGUCGACGUUACCGCAUGGGAGCUGGCUAUAGGGUGAAGGAUGAUGGAACUGUAAUUGAAAACUAUUGGGAGAGAAUUCAAGGCCAAGAGCCUGAACAAGUUGAAGGCAAAAAGCGAAAACCAUAUAGGAUAGAGCUUGUUGGUGUAGUAUGUGAUGCUUAUCUUGCAGUCGUUAGAGGCAUAAGGAGAGCUAUCAUAUGCAGAAGAGCAGUGAGAGUAAACUCACAGUUGAAAUCACACAAGAGAUUUGCUCAGGCAUUUAUGACUUACUGUCAACUAGUAGAUAAUGCACGACUAUACUUCACAAAUGCAUUGGAAGGUCCACCCAAGUUGAUAGGAUGGAAAGAUAGGGACAAGACACUGCUGGUUGAUCCAGAUGAAUUCGACUGUUUGAAGAGGCUUGCCAGGUUGAACGAAAAUGCAAACUCCAUUUAUGAACUUUACAAGCACCCCAACCCAGCUUGUGAAGCCGGAUCAGUAUGGAAAGACAUCGUAUUAUCUCCUUCAAGGUUGAACAUCCAACAGGAGCUCAAGUACUCAAUCCAAAGAAUUGAAAGCGUCAAAUAUAACUUCACCCUUGAGUCUAGUAACAGAUGA